UGGUGGACUCCGUGUGUAUUUGUCGGCCACGACCUCCCUUGCUUGGCUCUGCCUGGGAAGUACAGAGGCGUGGAGGCAAUCCUAUAGCAGGCGAGAAGCUGUGAAACCAACGUUCCCCGAGGGGAUGUUACGUUAAGACUUUAGGACUGAAAUCAGCCACAAGACGCCGUGUCUGCGUGACUAAAGACUUUAACACACUACCUGGGUUCUCAUGGAAGCAGAUGGAUUUGUGAGGAGGCGUCGGAUGACAGCGGAGACUACAGGCAAUGAUCCCGGGGUUGCUGGUGCCUCUGCCGGGGCAGAAGUUCGAUGGCUGGGGGGCAGGUUCUGGGGAGUUUCUGAAAGUAUCGUGGGGAGCCUGACACCCCGGAUCGGUGGGGAAACAGAGCUACAGACUGUUGAUUGUAUCUGCAGUGCACAGGAUGCACAGACAGAGGACUCUGAACCAGACUAUGAGGGUUUGCCACAGGGAGCUUCCACUAGCACCCACAUGUUGGCUGGAGCCGUGGCCGGGAUCAUGGAGCACUGCCUCAUGUUCCCCAUCGAUUGUGUCAAGACACGAAUGCAGAGCCUGCAGCCCGAACCCGCAGCCCGCUACAGGAAUGUGAUGGAUGCUCUUCGCCGAAUUGUAGCCACAGAGGGAGUGUGGCGGCCAAUGAGAGGGCUGAAUGCAACAGCAGUUGGGGCGGGACCUGCCCAUGCCCUCUAUUUUGCCUGCUAUGAGAAACUCAAAAAGACUCUAAGUGAUGUCAUUCACCCAGGGGCUAACAGUCAUUUGGCUAAUGGAACAGCUGGGUGUGUGGCCACACUGCUUCAUGAUGCAGCCAUGAACCCAGCCGAAGUUGUGAAGCAGCGCAUGCAGAUGUAUAAUUCGCCCUACCGUGGCGUGUUGGACUGUGUACGCGCCGUGUGGCAGAAAGAAGGCCCUGCUGCGUUCUACCGCAGCUACACCACCCAGCUAACCAUGAACGUGCCCUUUCAGGCGCUCCACUUCAUGACCUACGAGUACCUUCAGGAGUUGCUCAACCCCCACAGACAGUACAAUCCCUCGUCCCACAUGUUGUCUGGAGCUUUGGCUGGAGCCAUUGCGGCAGCGGCCACCACACCUCUGGAUGUCUGCAAGACCCUGCUCAACACCCAGGAGUCUCUAACCCUCGGCUCCCUGUCCUCCGGCCAAGGCCCUGGCAAGGGCCAAGGAGCCCACAGACACAUCUCAGGCCUGGCCCAUGCCUUUCGGACAGUUUACAGGCUGGGCGGCCUGCAGGGCUUCUUCAGGGGAGUCCAGGCGAGGGUCAUCUACCAGAUGCCCUCAACAGCCAUCAGCUGGUCAGUCUAUGAGUUCUUCAAGUAUGGACUCACCAAGCGCCAGCACGACAAGAGGAGAGCGCAGCACCUGGAAGCUUAGAUGUAGAUGUCUUCUCUCUUUAAUCUCCACAAAUAUUUCUCUCCCAUCCCUGAGAGGAGAAGAUGAAGUCAAUACGCACAUAGAAUCUGACUAAAAUCCACCUCGGUUGUCCCAUCCCCUUCAGACAUAGCAGACAAGAAAGACAUCUUCAAAGACAGUUUGAGUAGUUGCAUUUCUGCUACAUUGUUUCAAGACUAGAUGUGGUUUGAGUUAAAUUUUUUCUCUCUCCUAGGAUGAAACAUUUAUACAGUAUUAUAGAACAUGUUAACUGGGAGAUCUUUUUAAGACAUUCUGAUGACUACUACGUUUGUCCAAGCUGAGGAUAAAUGUGAAGAAAGCACACAUUUUGAGUUGGAAAGGUUGUCAGCAGAGGGCAGUAGUGUUACUUUGUUAACUCUCCUGUAGUUUCAUAAGCUUUGCUAUCCUAGGAGCAGAUUUUUAUUUUCACCCAUCCAAACCUUGAAUUUGACAUUAAAAAUUAUGACUUACUCCUGAACCGACCCCUUAUUGGAUUCAUGAAUUAAACCUUUUAUACAGACUAUUCUCACAGUAAUCCCAGAAAAGACAAGAUCAUUUUGGUGUCUAGUUCAGGCUUCACACAGGCAUUCAGACACUUUGAUCCAAGUGUUUUGGCCAUAUUGAAUCAAAAGCAAAUUAAAUUAAAGUUUAAGAAAAAUUUCUUGUUAAGCUAUCACAUGGCAUGGAUCAGUACCCAGAUAUUUUUCUGUAGAAAUUGAAUGGGACCCUGACAAAAUGGCAACUCACAAUAGUUGAAAAAGCAAAAGUAAAGACCAUCUUAUUGUAUAUCUUGAUUACUUGAACUGUGUAAUUUGGAUACUAUUCGAUCAGAUUUUGGGUAGGGUUUUGUUUAGCUAUUGGCAGGUAAAGGAAUGAAUAUAUUUAUUUUCCCUUUUCAAAUGUUUAAAAUAGUUCCCUAUCAUGUAUUUUCAGUAGCUCUGAAGUAUCUGAAGUGCGCCUGUAAUUUAUUUUUAAUCAUUUGGUUUCCUUAAAUGGUAUUUUAUUUCCAGCAAAAUAUUACUUUAAACUUUCCCUCUGGUUUUCCCCCAUUUAUGUGUUAAGUCCGACCUUGGAUCAUCCAAAAACUCACCAUUAAUGCCUUGUGUUUGACAGAGAAGACGAUGCAGCUGUCAGCGUUGUUUUCAGCUUGUGAACUACUGAGUUACAAUAUCUCUGCUCAACAGCAAAGGUUGUAUAAAGUGUGCUUUGCCCAAAAUAAGAAUUCAGUAUCCCACAAGUUACGUAUCUGUGCCCCCAUUGACUACACAUAAAUGGAAGUUGUCAUUCUUAUUGACUGAUGUCUGACACUGAAUAGCACUCGUUGAAUAAAGACUGAGCAGCGUGGCUAUACUCACUGCUCAUAAACGAUG